AACAGAUCAUCUGACCAUCGACCAACUCACCAUAUCAAUCAGUACUGCCAUUAACCCUUUAACUGUUGUCUGCUGUGCAGUGUGCUGUUGUACUGCUGAUGAUAAAAUACAGAGAAAAUGGCUUUAAACUCCAGUAAACAUAAGUUUAUUUAUGAUUUGCCUUUUGAAGAAAAAGCAGAGUUAUGUAGAAUGCUGAAUCAGAAUGAGAAAUAUGAGGAAUUGGCAGGUUUGAUGGGAUAUGACGUUUCCCAGAUACAAACUUUAAGAUGUGAGUACAAUCCAACGGAUGAACUUUUGACAAAUUGGGGACAUCAUAAUCACACUAUUGCAGAAUUAUUUAUGUUAUUGUCUAAAAUGAAGCAUUAUCAAGCUAUGGUUCCUUUACUAUCUUUUGUAGAUAGUAAAUUCCAUCCUCUUUUUUACAAUGGCGAAGGAAAUCUUCAAAAACUUUUUAGAAAAGAUAAACAACUUCUCAAACUAGGAGCACAAAAUUUCAAUCAAGAUAAGAUACCUGAUAAAAAUAAAGCUAAAGUAAUAGUAAAUAACACUACAGAUGAUGAUCGAAAAAUACUAAAUUGUGAGAAUUUUGAACUACAAAAUGAAUUACCAAGUCAUUCCAAUAAUUUGCUAGCUUCAAUACCUGAAAUAUUCUCAACAACAUUACCUCGAAUCUCAUAUAAUGAAUUAGCUGCUGCUACAGAAAAUUGGAAAAGAGAAAAUCUGUUGGGUAAAGGAGGCUUUGGGACGGUUUUUAAAGGUAUUUGGAAAAAUACUGAAGUAGCUGUUAAAAAAAUUGAGCCAAGAGGUUCUGAUUAUGAUGAAAGUUACGCCUUGCAAUUAGAGCAAUCAUUUCGUGAAAUAAAAAUAUUAAAUUCUCUACCUCAUGAAAACAUUUUGCCACUUUAUGCAUAUAGUAUUGGUGGUGAGGCACCUUGUUUGGUAUACCAAUGCAUGAAAAAUGGUUCUUUAGAAGAUCGUUUGCAUUUGAGACAUGGGACGCCACCUUUAAAUUGGCUCCAACGACAAGAAAUUGCUAAGGGAACUGCCAGAGGAUUGCAAUAUUUGCAUACUAUACAUGAAAAACCUCUCAUACAUGGUGAUAUAAAAAGUGCUAACAUUUUAUUGGACAAAAAUUUUGAACCGAAAAUUGGUGAUUUUGGUCUAGCACGAGAAGGUUCAGUUGAUGAUUCAAUGAAAGUCAGUAGAAUACAAGGAACUCGACCUUAUUUGCCUGAAGAGUAUAUUUUUGGAAGAAAUUUAUCGACGAAAAUCGAUACAUAUAGUUAUGGUAUAGUUUUAUUUGAAUUAGCGACUGGUUUGUCGGCCCAUGACAAGACUAGACCAAUAAAUAAACGUCUGAAAGACUAUGUAGACAGUUUAAACGACACAGAUAUUUAUCUAUUGAAAGAUAAGAAAGCUGGAGAAAUGUAUGACGAAAUCUUUAGAUAUCUAAUGUCACUAGGGAAAUGGUGUUCAAACAAAUUGGCUGAACAUAGACCAGAAAUGGCUGUUGUUUAUAAAAAAUUUAAAAACUGAUUAAAUAAUUUUAAUUGUACAGAUUUUCUACUAAUGUUUUUGUUGUAGAUUUUGUAAUUAAUGUUGCAGAAUAAGUUUGGAGUUAUUUGAAAAACAAACUGUUGUAAGAAGUCAAAAAUUAUUUUGUAGGAGUAAUUUCUUUUUGAAAAUUAUCAUUUUUUUCGUCAUAUUGUCUCUCGUGAUCAUGAUGAGAGGUUUUAGAUAACUGUUUUCUUACUUGAAAUUUUCAUGCUUUGUUGUAUAAUUUUUGUGAAAACUUUGUGAUUGAAUAUGAUAAUGAUAUUCAGUAUGUACAAAAAAUAUUUUACACUUCCAUUCUUGUAUAUAUUUUUGAAUUAAUAUAUUUAUACACAAAAAUAAUAGUAAAAUAUGCUAAGAUUUACUUUUGUAAAUCUAAGUAUAUUUCAAACUCCGCUUGCCUUGAUGUGAUAAUUUAAUUGAAAUUGUUGUUUUAUACUUCCGUACAAGUUGACUAAGUUGACUAUAUUAAACACACACACACGCCCACUCAAAUGUGUGUGUGUGUGUGUAUGUGUAUGUGUGUGUGUGUGUGUGCGUGUGUAAACCUGUAUGUAGAAUACUUUUUAGCAAUAUAUGCGAUAUUCAAUCAUCUGAUAUUUGAUUAAAUCGUAAUUUGUUUUCAAAAAUAUUUUUAAAAAAUGCAUAAUUAAGUAAUUCAUUUAUGUUUACGUUUGUAUUUUAAUAAUUGUUUUCAAAUGUUGAUCGAUCAAUGAUGUUUCAAAUGUGUAUUCCUAGAUGGCGUCCUACGGUAUUUUUGUAAAUUAUUAUACACUGUAUAAUAGUUGAAUUUUAUUAAAAAUUUUAAUAAUAGUUAUUAUUAACAGAAUAAGGUGCAAAAAUUGUUAAUUAAAAGCUACUUGUAUACGAAUUUUUAAUUACAACAAAGUUAUGUGUAAUAUUACGUA